GACACACAGACGUUUCUAUAGUGGAAAUUAGGUGUCUCGUCAAUAUCAGUCUCAGGAGCCAUGGGGAUUUCAUUCGUUGGAUACUUUGCUUUCAUCUUCUUUCUUCUUACUCUGAUGAAGGCCAAGGCCAGUCCUGCAUACAGCUCAGUCCUGUCUUCUGAUCUGACAGACUUAAAGAAUAUUCUGGAUCCUGCAGAAGAACCAAUGGCCCCAUCCCAAGAUUUAUUUGCUCAGAAUUAUGAUGCUGCCGACUCUUCUAACGCUGCUCCUUCCUGGACCGGAGAGGCUAUAAAACCCCAAUCUGAGAUUAUAUACAACAAAGGGUCUUCCUGGGAAACACCUGAUAAGUUAUCACGACUCAAAAGCAAGCUAAGAGAGCUUUUGAAUUCACCAAGGAGUUUAAGAAGGUCCUCAGACUGCUUUGGAGGACGCAUUGACAAAAUUGGAGCCCAGAGUGGCAUGGGUUGCAACAGCCACAGGUUUUGAAGAAAACAACCAGAAGACUGAAGAGUCCUCUUCUGCAAUGACUGGUCUAUGUGUUAUGAAAUCGGACACAAAAGAAUCAUUUAUGGCACCAUGCACCAAGUUCACAUUUGCUGAAAUGUUUGUCUAAACAAAUUUUCUACAUUUGUUUCUAAAUUCGUUUUUACCAGAUAACUCACAUGAUUACAGAGUCAUUGAGAUUGGGAAAACACUCCUGAAUGAAGAAGUUAAUACAUAACAGAAUUGAUAUGUUAUAGUCAGGACUUUGGACAGCAUGCUACAUUACUCUGUGUUUUGUUGUGUAGAACAAAAUAAAUUAAAUUUGUAACUUAAA